ACAACCUUGUGAGGACGAUCCAAAGUCUUUGAUACAACAACAUUCAGUUCUUGGAAUUCAUAGCAUUAUGGCAGAAUCCAAACCAAGAAUACCAGGCACAGCCCAGCACUUUUUAGAGUGUGGCAUUAAAGACUGUGAAAGAAACUGUGAAUUUUACUGCAAUCCUUGCCACCAACAGAUGUGUAAACAAUGUAGAGAUGAACAUUUGAGAAGUCCAGAAACAAAAAGCCAUGAGGUGGUUCUAUACCAACAAUGGAAACGACAACUUCCUGUAAAGAAAUGCAAGAUCCACCCCACCAAGGAUAUAGAUCUUCUUUGUGAAGAAUGUAAAAUUCCUUUAUGUUCCAAGUGUGCUGCCACUCAAGAACACAAAGGUCAUACCUUCACUGAUUUAGAGACUAUUUACGAGGAUAAAUUCUCUCUCUGUCUAAAAGAAAUUGCCAAAACGCGAGAGUAUUUUCUGCCAACAUCACAAGACAUACAAAAAAACAUUGAAGAAGAUGCCACAGAAAUCAAAAAGAUCAUGAACAACUUAAGAACCUCCAUGAAGGCUGAAGCAGAGUCUCUUAAAAGUCUGGUGGAUGAAGUGGUCUCUGAGAACAUGAAGCAGCUAGACCAAAUAGAGUACUCACUGCUAGAUGAUUUAAAAAACCAAGAUAAGGCAUUCAGUGAUUACAUUGCCUACCUCAAUAACCUAAUUAAGGAGUUUCAGGAAUUCCUCUCCUCACCAGAUCCCACAAAAUUAACUUUGACACUCUCUUUGGUGGGUAUGGAAAUCCGACCAAUACCAGAGACGACAAAACCAGUAUCACCAGUAUUUACUGCCGGUCAAUACAGAAAAGAUGAUGUUGUUAAAUUACUGGGUAAAAUAAGUUCUCCAGAGAUAAAACCAGAAACAAGAAAAAUAAAACCAAUGGAAAUCCCAUCUCUCCUAACACCAAAGACAUCUACAAGUAAACACUUAAAAUCUGACAAACGGAAAUUUAAUUUGAAACAAACACUGUCUUUAUCUUCCUCUGUCACUAAAGUCACGAAGUUAGAUGUACCAGGUGUUGACAGAGUGGUGCAUAUGUCACAAGAUCAGUCAGGCAGACUCUGGGUCAGUGAUAGUCAAGGUAACCUUGUCCAAACAGAUCUACAGGGGAAUGUGAUACAGAGGAUAGAAACCAGUGGUGAAUUUGGUUACCACACAGUAACACAGGACGGGGAUCUGAUCUUUAUAGACUAUAAGAAGAAAGUCAUCAACAGGAUAACAAUGGAUAACAAUAUCACAGAAUUCAUUAAAAUAGGAGACUGGGAACCACUCGGCAUGCACUCCUCCCACAUCAAUGGGGACAUACUGGUGGGGAUGAUGAAGGGUGUAAAGGGUAAAGUCACCCGGUACAACAAGACAGGGACAGAACUACAGAACAUACAGAGGGAUAACGAAGGACAGGAACUGUACAGUACACCAAUCUACAUAACAGAAAACAUCAAUGGAGAUAUCUGUACUUCAGAGUUUGCUAAGGGAGUAGUGGUGGUGAAUAAAUCAGGACAAUACAGAUUCUCCUACACAGGUCAGGGGUCAGUGUUCCGUCCCUAUGGAAUCUGUACUGAUGUCCUCGGUCACAUACUGGUGUGUGACAGUUACAAUGUUCAUCUCCUUGAUCAGGAUGGUCAAUUCUUAUCUUUACUACUCACACAACAACAAGUAUCUAGUCCAGUUAGUGUGUGUGUGGAUGAUGAGAAUAACCUUUAUGUGGGAGCUCUCAAUGCCAAAAUUAUAAUGUACAAGUAUCUACAGUGA